AUGUUUCGAGAGUCUGCAAAAAUUGUUGUCGAUGAUGGACAGGCACCAUCGGCGCCGUUUGUUAUUAAUGUUUGGAUGGAGGACUUCCUGGAGAAGCUCAAGGUCCUCAAUUACGAUACUGAGUUUGUACAGGAGUUGAAGAUGAAGCCAAUCAGCAGGCACUAUUUUGCCGUCCCAACGAACCCCGGAGAGCAGUUCUACAUGUUCACGACCCUGGCAGCUUGGCUGAUAAGGAAAUCGGGGAAGAAUUUCGAGUAUCCUCAGGAGUCUGAUGACCCAAAUUCAACGAUAGCAUUGAUCCUGGAUUACUUGAGGGGUACCGAUGUGUCCAUUGAGUUUCCCCCGAAUAAAUUGAAGCAGGGAGUGGGAGAGCAUGCCAUCUACGUCCUAGACCAUCUAGCUGACCAGGCCAUCAAGGUGUCUGGCUUCAAGUGGAAGAAACCUGAGAUUACACCUGACGAUCCCAAUCAAGAGCCAGAGAUCGAGGAAGACGAGGCUGAACUGAUCUUGGAGAAAGUGGAGGAAGAAAUGAUGGCGGAAUACGAUGAGGAGGAUGAUGAUGUUCUUCAUAUCGAUGACAUUACGAAACUGUAUGGAGCAGCUAUGGAUGAUGUCCAGAAGCCUGAAAAUAUUUUAGAAUCUCAAACCGAUACAGAAGAAUGGAAAAUGGAGCUGGAACGAGUUCUUCCUCAGUUGAAAGUUACAAUUAAAACAGAUUCUCGAGAUUGGCGUGCCCACCUUGAGCAGAUGAAGCAGUUACGAACGAAUAUAUCCACAGGUCUGAAUGGUACCAAAAGUCAAUUAGAUAAGUUGCAAUCCGACAUUGGGAACACUUUGGAUAAAAUAAGGAUGCGAGAGAUGUACCUGAAUAGGCAAUUGGAAUCAACUUUGAACGAAUUUCGAGUACUUCAGGAGGAGCUAUCGAAAGUUAAAGAGCAUUACAGAGAAGUCAGUGGGGGUGUAACCGAAAGAACUCGAACAUUGAACAAGUUAAGCGAGGAAUUGGAGCAAGUGAAGAAGGAGAUGGACGAAAGAGGCUCCAGUAUGACCGAUGGUACGCCCUUGGUAAAUAUAAAGAAAAGUAUAACGAAAAUGAAGGCCGAAAUAUCGGAGAUGAGUGUUAGGAUUGGAGUUUUGGAGUACAGUUUAAUGUGCGCGAGAAUCCGGGAUAGGACGCAAUUGCAAGAAGACAUGAAUAGUAGUAAUUCCAGUUUGGCAAUUAAAUGAGUUAAUAGGGUAUAAUGAAAAUACAAAAAUUUUGGGAAUACAUCCGUCCACAGUGUGAUGACAACAGAAUUGAUGUUGAGUGAAUUGCUGGAAUUCGUGAAUGAAUUCUUCUGUUAUCUAGUCAAGCUACCCACCAAUUUCCACCGACAAAGAAUAUGUAGAUUAUUAUAAUCUAAUGGAAAUAAAAAAUUUAUUCCAUUAUAUGAAUUUGGAGCAUGAGCAACGCUAA